AUGACUUCUGGUGGAUGCCUUGCCCAAGACAGUUUCUGCUUCAACUUGAAAUUGGUUUGUGUUUUUGGCGAGUCCGAGCUCAACCCCACCACUGUGGCACCCAAUCCGGUCAAAACUUCGAAAUUGUCGCGAAACCCAACAGCCUGUCUUGUACAGCCCGGUGUUGAGGCCUUGGGGUACAAGAACACGACCAGGACCUUUGCGUCCUUUGCGAGCUUCAACAGAUUGACGGACUCGCCGUCCUGGUUUUCCAAUUCCAAGUCUGCCGGGAUCUCAUCUCCUUCUUCCAACGUGUUUUUGGCGGUGUCGGCCUUCACGUCAUUAGACUCCUUUUUCGCGUCGACGGUGGAUUGUUUAGGCUUCACCGCCUGGGCGGUGGUCUUCUGUUUUUUAGCAGCAGGAGCGGCCUCUUCGACGGUGUUGCCAGCCAAACGGGCAGAUCUACGAACCAUUGGAUAUAAAGGUUUCGUAAUCAAGCAAUUUCCAAAAUUGCCAGAUGGAGAAGGCAAGAACGGCACCGAGAAUUGGUCCGACCCAGUAGAUCCAGUGGUACACUGGGAAGGAUCUGGAAGCAAUACAUGGACCGAAAGUUCUGGCUGGGUUCAAACCAGCACCGGUGUAGUAGACACAGAUCAAGUGACCCAAGAACAAAGAGAGACCAAUGCACACAGGAGCGUAGUCGGACAAAUUAGAUUGCUCGACAGUGGUCAUCAAAACAGUGAUACAGAGCAAGGUGGUACCGAACAUCUCGAUGAAGAGACCUCUGCUCUUGGAGCAUCCACCACCAAGACCGUUAGCGAAAGCAACAGGACCUGGGGUCAUGGCAGAAGCAGCACCAGCAGCAGCCAUACCGGCAACCAUCUGGGAGAGCAUCAUGAUGAAACCACGAACUGGAGAAACAGCUCUGGCAAGCACAAGAGUCAGGGUGACAGCAGGGUUGAGGUUACCACCGGAAACUCUGCAGGUGAGGAAAAUAGCGACCAUGACACCGAAACCGAAACCGAACGAGAUCAUGAUCAACUUAGCUGGGUUGGAGCCCUGGCUGGAGUAGAACUCGUCUUGAUUGGCAAUCUGGGCAAUCAUGUAGGCAACCCACAAGAAGAUGAAGGUUCCAAUGAACUCACCAGAAGCAGCAACCAGGUGGUUCUUAAGAUAGUUGUUGAGACCAAACUUGUUGGUCUUGAGAGCAGGGGAGUAGCCCAAUUGCUGUUCAGCGUCCAUUUUCAGUUAGCGAGAGUGAAUAUGAGUCGAUACAACAUCACCCGAGGUUCCGGGUCCUAUUUAUAUUUUGGGGAUGGAGGGCCUAUUUCAUUUGAGAGGAUGUGA